GCCAUUUUCAGACCCGGCCAAAGCCACCGCCAUUGAUAAAAAAAAAAGAAAAAAGAAAAAAAAGCUAGCAAUCAAGGAGAAGAAAUCAUGAUAAUGUCUGCGGGUUUGUUCUGGAUGAUGAUUGUGAGCCUCCUUUUGUUCUUUUCCAGAGGCGCUUCAGGAGCUACAUUUACGUUCGUCAACAAGUGUGAUUUCACGGUUUGGCCGGGGAUACUGGGAAAUCCGAGAUUGGAUAGCACCGGGUUCGAGCUCCAGAAGGGCGGUUCACGUUCGUUUCAGGCGCCGACCGGCUGGUCCGGCCGGUUCUGGGGGAGAACCGGCUGCAAAUUCGACGGGUCGGGACGCGGGUCCUGCGCCACCGGCGACUGCGGCUCCGGCCAAAUCGAGUGCGGCGGGGCGGGGGCCACGCCGCCGGCGACCCUGGCUGAGUUCACUCUCGGGUCGGGUUCGCAGGACUUCUACGACGUGAGCCUGGUGGACGGGUACAACCUGCCUAUGUUCGUGGGCGUGAGGGGCGGGUCGGGUUCGUGCGCGCCCACGGGUUGCGUGGUGGACCUGAACCGGCAGUGCCCGAAGGAGCUGCAGGCGGCGGAGGGCGACGCGUGCAAGAGCGCGUGUGAGGCGUUCGGAACGCCGCAGUAUUGUUGCAGCGGCGCGUACAACUCACCCGCCGUCUGCUCACCGUCGGUGUACGCCCAGAUGUUCAAGUCGGCGUGCCCCAAAUCGUACAGCUACGCCUACGACGACGCCACCAGCACGUUUACGUGUACUGGCGCCGAUUACACCGUUACCUUCUGUCCGUCUGUGCCUAGCCAAAAAUCUUGGAAGGACCCGGCAAGGUCAAGUGAAGCGACAGAAGGGUCAGGGUCGGGUGAGACGGCGAUGUUGGCAAACGGGUCGUGGCUGGCAAAUUUGGCGACGGGAGAUUCGAGCAGGGGGCAGCCUGGUCAUCAGCUUCUACAGAUUGCAAUAAUUCUUCUGGCUACUAUUUGUCUCUCACACUCAUUAUAAUCUGAAUCUGCGGAAAUCAGAAAUUCCAAGUUAAAACACCUUUUUUUCUUUUAAUCAUCAUAUACUAUGUAUAUACCUCCCUGUAAUUUAAGGCCAAAAGGAGACAGCAAAGUAAUCUUUAGUUGGCAGUUA